AUACACAGUACACAGGGAAUAAACUCAAAUAUCGUCAUGCCCCGAUGACGCACAUGCAAGAUCCGGCGUCCUGAUCGAAACCGGGGUACUCCCCUCAUGAUGACGUUGAUUCGCUGGUAUCUCUUCCAGGACUGCUACCCCCCGGUUUCACUGGCUGCAUUCACGUUUAUCGAUGGCGUAGCCAUUCACUGCCAGGAUAGUCGACGUCAUGGAGCAACUUGAGGACCCAGAAACUUAUAUAAAGACUCCUCUGCACCGUCGAUGAGUGUCUCUUCCAUCAACAAUUCAAUCAUCUACAAAUCGCAACAUCCAAUCCAAAACUCAACUACAUCCAACACUUUUCAAGUCCCUUUAUCAACCACUCAAUCAACAUGUCUGACGCCGGUCGCAAGGAUUUCUCCACCAAGGCUAAGGAGGAGAUGACUCCUGACUCCGCCAAGUCCACCCAGGACAAGAUCAAGGAGACCGUUACCGACACCGGUGAUCGCGUCGCUCGCGGCUUCCAGUCCGACAACAGCAAGUCUGGCACGCAGGAGGCUUUCGACAAGACCCAGCGCACCCACGAUAACACUUCCCACGGCGGUGCUUCCGGCUCCAUUGGCGACAAGAUCAAGGACACCCUUGGUCUGGGUAACAACUAAGUGCACAACACUUCCGAAUACAAUCGAUCGACGAGUCAUGACCAAUAGCGCUUUCACUGUUCUGUGAUGCAUGGAAUCGGAGAACGAUG